AUGCAAGCACCGGCCCUCGAAAACUACCUAGAAAAUGUCCUUUAUAUUAAACUGAAGCAAACCAAAGACAAACAAACAGAAGCCGAUGCUAAGGUCCUCGAAACGGAGAAUUUGAUACGUUACUUGAACCAAAAGGUGGACCUUAAACAUGAACCCGCUCGCUACUUAGUUGAUAUGGGUGCUGAGGUCUUUUUGGAAACAGAAGUGUAA